GGCGAUGUCACCGGUCCUCGCUUCCUGUUCCAGCCGCCUCAGAAGCUCCAGGAUCGGUAUGUGAGGACCCCUUCGUCCGCUGCAGCUCUGAAUGGACUUCCAGGACCUGCCAAGUCUGUUUCAGGAGUAUCAUGGAAACACAGCUGACCACACCUUCCGUCCUGAAGGAGUUCUGUCCUCUCUACUACCUGCUGAAUGCCAUACCAGCUAAGGUGCAGCGGGGGUUCCGGUCGGCCCUGGUCUACCUGACCGCUCUGGACAGUAGCAGGGACUUCCUGGCUGUGGGCAGCAGCAUCGGCAUGUUGUACCUGUACUGCCGCCGCCUGGCACACAUGAACAAGUACAACAUGGAGGGAAAAUGUGAUGCAAUCACAGCUGUGAAGCUGCUCAGCUGUUUUGAUGACCUUGUUGCCGUGGGAACAGCUUCGGGGCGAGUCACAAUCUUCCAGCUGGUGUCUCCACUUCCUGGUCGUAACAAACAGCUGAGACGUUUCGAUGUUGUCGGACUGCAUAAAGGCUCCAUCACUUCUCUGACCUGGAGCACCAAUGGAAUGAAGCUUUUCUCUGGAGACGAUAAAGGUCGGGUGGUGUUCUCCACUCUGGACCUGGAUCAGGGGUUGUGUAAAGCUGACUUGCUGUUGGAGGAGUCCUCAGGUGUGGUUCAGAUGGAGUACAGCCACCAGGUUCUACUAAUCUCCACCCACCAGAGGUCUCUAUUGUACCAGACACAGACAAGGGAAGUCCUGCAGCUGGGAACCAAGCCCCGCAAGAGCAGCGGCAAGUUUGGAGCCUGCUUCCUGCCUGCUCUCUGUAAACAGAGCAACCUCCACAUGUAUGCUGCCAGACCUGGACUCAGACUUUGGAAGGCUGACAUCAGAGGACAGGUGGAGGACACUCACCUCCUCAAACCACUUUUCAGCGUACAGAUACCUCAAUUUGAGUUGUUUCCUCGACCUGGUCCGGUUGGAGCGUAUCGUCCAGCGGACCGACAGUUGGGCCUUCUCAGCUGUUUCCUCCGAGAAGAUUGGAUCCUGAGCUGGAAUGAAUACAGCAUCUAUGUGUUUGACUCUGUCAACCAGGUGAUCAUCGGAGCCCUGGAGAGCAGUGGAGAUAUCGUCUCUGUGUCAUCAUGUGAUAACGAGAUCUUUGUCCUGAAGGGAGACAGAGACAUCAUCCGCUUGUCCAACAGCCCGGAGGGAACGGCCUCCAGCUUGUCAGAACUCUCCAUCCGUCUGUCCUCACCUUUGACCACACCCAGCAUCAUCCAGCCAACCGGAGCAGUCGAAACAGCUCAGCCAAUCAGAACAAUGGCCAUCCUUGUAGAGGAUGGGGGUAAAGAAGAGGCGGGAGGUGGAGAAAGGCCCAGUGAGGAAGAAGAGGGAGGAGUGGAGGAGGUGGAGGAGGCAGAGGAGCAAAUAGAGAUGAUGGAGCAAUGCCAGUUGUCCACUUUCAUGAGGUCUCGCUAUCGCAGCAGCUCUGUCACAUCUUCGGACAGUCUCCAUGGAAGCAGCCCAGUUACUUCUGUCUGUGAGCUGAGCUCCAGACACUACAGUGCCCCCCUCGGUCAGGACGAGAUGCAACAGGAGCUGGUAGUAAAAGCUGUCAGAGUGAAGAAGAGAAGGAGACGGCAGGACAGCAGCAGUGGAAAUCGCCUGUCGGAGAGCAGCUGUUCAGACUCCAUGUUCCCGCUUCAGGAUUGCAGCUGCAGUGAUGGAGGAAGUGGCACUCCUCUGAGUGACUGCACCUCCCUUACCGGCUUCCACCUGCACAACCAAGAUAGUCCACAACACAACCAGGACCCAGACUUACAGACGGAAGGGAGUUCCAACGUGGAUAAAGACCUGAAGAAUGAAAAGGAGCCGGAACGUUCACACUGCCAGUCAGGGUCAGUGGUUUUCCAAGAUCGGCAAAUGGACUUGAACCUAGAGAAGGCUUCAGGUCCUGGUCCAGAGGCAGAGGGUGUUCCUCCAACCCCAGAUGUGGAUCUUUUGCUGGAGUGCACCUUCUCGUACAUGCACAAGGCAGAGGACGAUGAUGGGCAUAAACAGCAGCCAGUGGAGGAGCAGGAAAUGUUCUGCAACCUUCUAACUGGAACAGAACAGGAGCCAGUCCAGGAGGACUUACUGCCCCCCUCCACUGUGGAAGAGCAGAUGUUUUACUCCACUGUGUCCAGUCUGGGCAGAAAACCCAGUGUGUCCAGCGAUGAUGAGGCAGACAUCUACCGUCCCCCGGCGGGUGGUGGAGGCCACGCCCCCUCCCGUCCAUGCACAGAAGCAGAUGGGGCGAUGGACGGACAUACGAACCAGGACCUCCAGGACAGAGACACACAUCGACCUGACCAGCUGUCAGAGAGCUGGAUGGGGUACUCAGGACCAGGAUGUGGAGUCCUCAGCCUGCAGGUGACCGACAGACAUGUGUGGUGUCUGGACUUCAGAGGGGGAAUGUUCUGCAGUCCUCUGCCUGAAGCUGGACUCAGCUGGCAGCACUUCGAAGGCAACGUCCACCAAAUGGCAUUGUCCCCUUCAGGUAACUUGCUGUGGAAAGUGGAGCAGAAGAGCUUGACUGCGUUCGCCUGUGCGAAGGUGUCAGUCAGAGGGAAACGCCACUGGUACAAAGCAGUGGAGCAGACGGCCUUCGUGGCGCUGAGCGAUGACUCUGCCUGGAUCAUCAGGACCAAUGGAGACCUGUACCUGCAAACAGGUCUGAGUGUGGAGCGUCCCUGCGCUCGCUCCGUAAAGGUGGACUGUCCCUGCGUCUUCAGCCAGGUGUGUGUGCGAGCAGGUGUGGUUUGGGCUCUGAGUGAACACAAGGCCUUAUUCUACCGAGAAGGACUGAACAGCUUCUGCAGUGAGGGCGACGGCUGGAAGUACGACACCAUCAGUGAGGCUCAAGGUCUGGAGCUCAUCUGCGUUGCCUUGGGAGAUGGAGGGACAGCCUGGGCACUGGAUGCCAGCGGUAGCCUCUGGUUUCGGACCGGCAUUUGUUCAUCCAAGCCACAGGGCGAGGACGACCACUGGUGGCAGAUCAGUAUUUCGGACUACGUGGUCUUUGAUCAGGGCAGCCUCUUCCAGACGCUGCUGCAGGCUACACAGAGUGUUGCCACGGUAACCAGGGCCCCAGUGGAGCGUGUGGUGGCCUUCUUGUCCCAGUAUUCCCAGUGCCAACCGAGCCUGGUGACAGCCAAUGCCAGCGGAGUGUGGGUUGCCUCCGGACGGAACCAGCUGCACGUGGCCCACGGCAGCCUUGUUGGAACUUUCUGGCAGAACGUCGUCCCGAGAGGAACCGUUUCAGCCACCAGGUGGACCUUCAUCACAUCCUCACCUGUUCCUCACAAAGAAGGGACAUUCCUGUGGUUGGCUCAGAGCAGGAAGGACCUCUUCUGUGUGUGGGACCAGGACGGAGAACUCCGCCCCUCUUCUGUUCUGCUUCCACCUGAGGUGGAGCUGACUCACCUGUCUGCCUGUCAAGAUGCUCUUUGGGGUCUGGACAGUCACGGCAGGGUCAACAUUCGAACACUGUCUCCAUCCUGUCCCACAGGUCUGCACUGGACCCCCUUGGACCUCAGCCAGCUUGGAGCCGUUCGUCUGGUCAGCGUGAGCUGUGGCAGUCAGAACGUCUGGGCAGUGGACAGUCGAGGAGUGGUUUAUUUCAGAGUUGGAACCCAGCCGCUCAACCCUAGCAUGAUGCUGCCGGCCUGGAUCCACAUAGAACCUCCUGCACAGCCAAUCGGAGUGCAGGUGGUUAGUAUUCAAACGAGUCCGAACGACCGCCUCCUGUGGGCCGUGGACAACAGAGGAGGGGUGUUUGUGAGGACGGGCCUCAGCGAUGAGAUGCCGGUUGGGACGGGCUGGGAGCUGGUUCCAGGUCUGGCGGUCAGUCAGCUGGUCCUCAGCUGUCGGACCGCAUGGGUUCGAUGUGUCAAUGGAGAACUGGCUCGUCGCUACGGUAUCUCUGACAGAAACCCUGCAGGGGACUACUGGAAGAAGAUCCCUGGACACGCCAACUGGUUUACUGUUUCCCCGGAGGAGGAGCUGUGGGCAGUGACUCCCAUCGGUGGAUUGUCCCGUCGCCUGAUGAAGCUCCUCACACAAACUUCCAGUACACUCCCCCCCUCAGGCCCCAGCUUCACAGCAGAAGACGUUGAUGAAGAGUGGGAGCUGCUCUGACCUGUGACAUCAUAGUUGGGGGAGGGGUCAGAUCUGGACUCACCUGGACAGAGAUCAUCCCUCUCUGGAAGACAGAGGUUGGACUGUGAUGUCGUAGCUGGACCGCCUCGGGUUGGCCGGGGGACAUCACCACACAGGGAGCCCUGGUGGCUGCUGGGAAAUUCAGUUAGCUUUGUUUUAUUUUUAUAUUAACAGGAAGCACUUUAACCUUGAAGGUGGGGGAGGAGACACACUGAGACUGCUUAAACUGGUUCUCACUGGGACAGACUGGUUUUGGCCAGUUCUUACUAGUUCUAACAGAUUCUUACUGGGCUCAAGUGGUUUUUAUGGGUUCUAACACUGUUAUAUAUAAAUAUGCUAGUUGAGACAAAAAACAAUUCUUUGUGGUACUGAUAGUUUCUGAAUGGUUCUUACUAGUACUGACUGGUUAUAACUGGAUUUGACUGGUUGGCUAUUGUUCACUCUGAGGUGGGUUUAAAAGGGAAAUGCAAUUAAAAUAUAAACUAGUUCUGCUGCUCCAGUUCCUUCUCUGGUGUUGGAUACCUUCAGGAGAACCCUGGCCCGUGUUGGGGUUCAGAUGAAUGACUUGUACAAGAUAUUAUUGAUCCGAUGUCUGUGAAGAAACAAAAAAACUCAAAUUAAUUUGUGAGAGGGAAAACAUGGACCCUGAUGGAUCAGAUGGAGCCUGAUAAACCGGAGGUCUGAACCCAGUUCGUAUCUACACACACAACAACCUAAGAAAACAGAAUUUGUCCCGGUGAAGUGCGGUUCCACUGUGCUGAUUGCACAAAGUUCUGUGGUGAUUGGAUGUUUGAUCAAUAUGAUUUAGUGUAAACUCACUUAUUUUAUGUGUUCAUCUAAUAAACACAU